UUAAUUAUUGGUUUGCCACUACACCCCGCGCAACACUCAGUUUUUCCACUAGAGCAGAAUGGUGCUCAGUUUUGCCACUAGUCUGUGUGCAACGACUCGUUCCGUGAGUCUGCCGUUUCAUUCAGGUCAACGUCCUUGACUUGGCUGUUUCAGGUGGGACCAGGCGGAGACGCAUUUGAAAAGAGGACCGGCUGUUUCAGGUGGGACCAGGCGGAGACGCAUUUGAAAAGAGGACCGUUGCUGGCCGUUUCACGUGGGACCCACAAGGCAACCGUUGGAGCUCAACCCCAUUUAAAAUCCCUGAUCGCGCGGCGGAGCUCGCAGCGGUGAGAAGAAAUCGACGGGGUUGGAGACGGCCCCUCGCAGAGGUGCGGCGCGGGCGACUGAGAGGGCCUUGUUGACGGGGAGCGCCACCGACGGCGGGAGCUGCGGAGGGCGCAGCCGUCUGCCAGAAGCACCUCACGGUUCAGAUCCCGCGCCACCUCUAUCCAUGUCUUCUUCUAGCUCCCAUGCCACCUCUCGGUUCGAGCUUCCGGUGCGCAUGGAGAUGCCGAUCCUCCUCUGUCCGCGGUGCCGGGCGCCCGUUGAUCGGAGGAUUUCGCGCACACCGAAGAACACCAAUCGUCCGUUCUACGUGUGCAGCAGCGAGAAAGGGAUAAAAUGCUUCUUCGUUUGGGUCGAUGUUUUACUCCAGACGCUGAUGAAUCAGCUGCUAGAUGAGCACGAAGAAUGGUUGCCCAUCUUGCCACAGACGACACGGGUCGCCGCGAUAGCUAGUGCAGAAGAGACGCAGGGCGGAGCACGCAUUGACAGAGAGGUAGCUUUUGAGCUAAGGUGGAUGAACCAGAAGAUUAGAGAGCUCGAAGAUCAAUCAAAAAUUUGGAAUUACAUUUGUGCAUUUGUAGGUGGUAUUGUCAUCGCACUAGGUUUAAUGUUGACAUUGUAUGGAAAGGCAUGAAUUUGUGAUGAAUUUGUAAGCUUCAAAUUGUAUGAACUUGUAAGCUUGAAUUUGCAAGCUUGAAAUAAAUAAAUCUGAUCAAAAUUCGAUAGUGGCAAAGAUUUGGCU